AUGGCAUCUGAACAUAUUAACCAAGAUAAAUCAUUUCAAAAUAAAACUAAUGAAGACUAUAUUAAUGGUGAUGUUCAGUUUUCAGUUGGUGAACAAAGUGGAACAAUUCGUCAACAAUUUUGGGCCACAAUUUAUAAAGAAUGUCCCAUGUGUAAAAAGUACACAGUUAUUUAUCAAUGUCUUGGACAAGAAAGUGCAAACGAUGUAAGAAAUUUACAAUGGGAUAAGACAACAAGAAAAUUACCUGAUAAACAUGAAUAUAGUUCUUAUACAUCAUUUUAUCAUGAUGAAGAAGGAUUGGAACCAGAAAAUUUUGAAACACAAUAUUGGAUGCAAUGA